GCGGUGUACAGCCUAGCGGACGUCGCGUGCAAGUGCCACGGCGUGUCGGGCUCCUGCUCGCUCAAGACCUGCUGGCUGCAGCUCGCCGACUUCCGUCGAGUCGGGGACCGCCUCAAGGAAAAGUACGACGGAGGUGCUGCCAUGAGGUGGUGAGCCGCAAAGGGAGCGGUGGCGCUGCUGGAGCCCGUGAACGGGCGCUUCACGCCGCCCACGCAGGACGACCUCGUCUACUUGGACGCGAGCCCCGACUACUGCACGUACGACGAGACGCGCGGCAUCGCCGGCACGGUGGCGCGCCAGUGCAACCGCACGUCCGAGGGCACCGACGGUUGCGAGCUCAUGUGCUGUGGCAGAGGAUACGACCACUACAAAGCCACGGUGGUAGAGCGAUGCCACUGCAAGUUCCACUGGUGCUGCUACGUCAAGUGCAGGAUGUGCACAGAGAUCGUCGACCGAUUCGUCUGCAAGUAGCCGGCACGGCCCCCACGGCUCCCACGGCCCCCACGGCCCCACGGCCCCUACGGCCGCCCCGGUUUGGCCGAGCGACGCCGUGGCCCCAGCGCCCUCCCGCCCCGGCGUCUCCACGUCGCCAGAACCCCAACGCCUUCUCUCUCGACGGGCCGGACGUCAAUAAUGCAGCCGGCCCGCACGCAAACCCCCACUCGGCGUCAGCCACGAGCCCGGCGCGUGGCUUCAGCUGCGGACUGGCUGCUACUCGUCGCGUGCCACCUGCAGCUCCGGGCUAGCAGCGACUCGGACAAGAUUUCUACACCCGGUACACCACAUCCAUCGGCUACCAGUCACGUGCCACCUGCAGCUCCGGGCUAGCAGCGACUCGGACAAGAUUUCUACACCCGGUACACCACAUCCAUUGGCUACCAGUCACGUGCCACCUGCAGCUCCGGGCUAGCAGCGACUCGGACAAGAUUUCUACACCCGGUACACCACAUCCAUUGGCUACCAGUCACGUGCCACCUGCAGCUCCGGGCUAGCAGCGACUCGGACAAGAUUUCUACACCUGGUACACCACAUCCAUCGGCUACCAGUCACGUGCCACCUGCAGCUCCGGGCUAGCAGCGACUCGGACAAGAUUUCUACACCCGGCACACCACAUCCAUCGGCUACCAGUCACGUGCCACCUGCAGCUCCGGGCUAGCAGCGACUCGGACAAGAUUUCUACACCCGGCACACCACAUCCAUCGGCUACCAGUCACGUGCCACCUGCUACUCCAGUCUACUAGUGACCCGGAAGAUAUUCAGCAAGAAAUUGAAGCCCCCGGUGUUAUCGCAACAACAGAAAGGCUCAGGUUACCGUCGCCUGUAUUAUUAUUAUUGUAAUUAUCGUCGCUAUUAUUUGUGGCACUGUUUUUUGUUGUUGUUGCAACUCGACUGAGAAAGUUGAUUGGUCUAUAAACUGGCAGCAGCUACUGCCUUGCCUUUUUUGGUGUCGCCAAAAGCCAACAUCUGAAGGGGCCAGGAUAUCAACCAACACCAGCCGUCGGCUACCUCCGGCUGCCCCCCGGCGUUCUGAAGGCACCACGUUGUGAAAUGCCUUCUCCAACUGUGAGUCGUUCAGUCAUGAGCUGGCGCCCCCCUCCCCGCCCCUCUCUCUCUCUGCUCCGGAGAGGGCCUCCAUUCCAAACACUUGAAACGGCCAUUGGGGGCUUAACUUCAGCCCGGAUCUGUCCGGGGAUUAGCGACCCAUAAAAUAUUUCCCCACCCGGCACACCACAUCCAGUAUCUAUAUAUCUCUCUUGCUACGGCCGUGGCUACCCACCUACUGCUCCGGUCUACCGGCGACCCACCGGCAGAUAUUCGGUGCGCAAUCGAGGAACCCGGUUGCGACGAACACAUUGCCCGCUGUGAGGCAGCGCGAACGGCGUUCACUUGCGGCGAGGCGUUUGCGACGCCGCCGCCACUUCCGCCAGGUGCCCGGGGACACUCGCGACAGCUUCGCUCUGGCGACCGUCGGCAGAUGGUAGACGGCCGUUCUGUCGCGAGCUGCUGUUGGCGACGUCGCCCAUGGGGGAGAGCGCCGAGCCGGUCGGCUGCAAGCGGUCGGUCGACGUUUUUCCAGUCGCCGCUGUGUACGAGGGAGAGGCGUCACCCGCUGUCGAUAUUUUUUUUCGUCCGUCAGACUGUGAAACGCGGUUGGACUUGCGCGGCGCUGCGGCGGGUGGAGAGCGACUUACUCGCGAGGUCAAACACCGAGGUCGGGGGUCGUCAGAAGCCCAACAUCAUCAUCAUCAUC